AUGUGGGCGCUGCGUCGGAGUUCACCUCUGAACCAUCAGACCUUGGAAGAUUACGAUUCCGUAGUAAUUAGUAAUAUAGUCUUACCAGCUGGCAAUAAGCACGGUUAUCCGUCUAUUAAGUUCGAAAUAAAAGAUUCCAAUGGUGAUUUUCCCAGGCAUUGUUAUAGUCAUCUCCAUCUCCGUGAUUCGGGUUGUCCUUUUUUGACAGACAAAGGACAAUUGAGGGUCCAAGUCGAAUGGGAAGAAAGCUAUUUACUGUUCCAAGCCACAUACCAUAAAUAUGACGACGUCAGUAGGACUCACAACUACCAGAUGAGGCGCGAGAUCACGGCAUUGCAGACCGAAAACUACAGCCUGGAACGACAGCUGUUCAGCUACCAGAAGAGCAUGUCGCUGGUGCAGAGCCGGGGCACCACCUACUCGGACGACCUGGACCCGACGGACCUCGGCGACGGCGGCUGCGUCCCGGUGGACGACCGCGAAGAUCAGCCGCACCACCAGCACAGUCAAGGCGUCGGUGCCGGCGGCGGUGCGUUCUACGACGACGGCGCGCCCCUCCAGCUGCAGUCCGCCGUGGUCGUCGGCCCGGACGGCUACCCGCUGGCCCCGCACCACCAACACCACCAUCAGCAGCAGCAGCAGCAGCAGCAGCAGCACCCGCCGCACCAUCAACUGCACCAUCACCACCCGCUGCCGCAGCCGCCGCAGCAGCACCACCACCACCACCCAUGAGGUCGGCUGCCGUUCCACGAGACCGACGACGGCCACCGUCACGUGCCGCACUACCGGCACUCGGACGGCGGCGGUGGCCCGGCCACGUGGACGUCGGUGGCCAGCA